CUCCCUUUCCAGGAGAGCCCAGUAUGUAGCCAGCAGUUGCUGCUCAGUUGGUGUAAAGUUAGGCAAGGAGGGUAUUUUCUUGCACCCAAGGGCUUCUUGGGCAACAUAUAUUCAUUAUAGGUAUGUGGUCCAGGACUCCAAGAAGCAUAAGAUGAGGUUGCUAAUGUUUUGCCAGUGAAGGAAUUUUUGAGGGCACUGAUAGCAAUGCCUGUUGACUUUAAUUUGGACAGAUUCUAGAGCCUUUUGUUGGAGGUGUCUGUUUAAAACAGCGUCCUUUGCAAGUGACAGCAUAAAUGGGCAUAAGUCAAAUGUGCAGAGGAGGACUGUGUUGCCUCCAGAAUUCAAAAAGGACUACAAGGUGUUGGGCUUCUAUGAACAGUUUAUUAACAGUGUGGGUGCUAAGAGUCAAUGGCUGUUUUCUGACAGUGUCAAGGAUGGAGUUGCCCUCGGUUUACCAAAAUAAUUUUUAGGAAUUUGCCAAGAUGUCUGGCUUUGCCCCACAUGUGGAGUAAUGGCCCAUCCUCUCUUUGCGAGCUCCUGAGUGUUUUGCCUUUAGUGAAUGUGUCACAUGAGUCUCCUUGGAGGAGGACAUCAUAAUGUAACAUUAGACCUGUGCUCCUUGAGAAAGGUGCAUGCAGUUAAGAUGUUGCCUGCAAGACCGUGCGUGGCAGAGCUGGUGAGGUACCCCGUGAGUAACCUGGAAAGUCUGCUGUGUCCGUUCAGAGUUGAAGGUCACCUGCGCCUAAGAGGGUGUGGAAAUAGGCAUUGAACAGAAAAUAUUAGCCCAAUCUAUAGUAGCAAAAUCCUUACUGGUGCUGAUCAGGGGGAGUCGGUAAUUUCAGUUACAUUGGACGUUGUGUAUGGGGCCACAGUGGAUGGAACCAGAGCAUGAAGGAUGCAGUCAUUCACCCUGUGGCAGGUUCUUUCCAGGUUUAAGAGCAGGCCAAAUUGGACUUUUAAAAGGAGAAGCAGUGGGGGUAAUCACCAAGUAGGUCUUGUAUGAUAAAUUUCAAAUCUUGAAGGCCCUGUGUUAGCUUAUAUUGGGCUGUGUUAACUAUUUUAUUUUUAGCUGGGUGGAGGGGGGUGUUCCAUGGGGUCCCAUCUUGGCAGUUUAUAAUUUAGACUAGGUGCAGGAGUGCCACAGAGCACUUGCCAGAUACAGAUUGCCCUGAGGUGCCUCCUGCUGGACUAUGGCCAGUUGGCAAUAGUUCUUGCCUUGGUGAUGGGAGGAGAUGGCAUUACCCAGGAGAGACAGUGGGACAUGGAAUAGGCUAAUAAUACACAAGCUGGCCAACAGUUAGUGGCUCCAUCCCAGGCAGCACUGGCCAUGUCAGGAGCUAGUCAGGCAGCAAAGAGCAGUUACAGUGAAAGCUGACCAGGCAUCUUCUAUCAGGGUUGGGCAGUCCUGUUUGUGAUGCCAGCUGCUGCAAUCACCCUCUCCUUACUCUGUUGGUGAAGGAGGGGUUUCCACCCAAGCAUAUGGAGAUGGCCAAACACAUGACCCCAACACUGGACUGAGGAAAUCACAGUUUAUCAGUCACACAAACUCACACCCAGGGACACACAGGGUUGCACUGGAAAGCAGAGUGAACCAUGAGGGGCUGCAGGAGGCAGACUUUGUAGUAACAAUAGCAUAAAGUGCCCCAGUUCUCAUUGGAAGGUAUGAUUGACUAGUUUGAAUAAUUCUGUGGGCCAGUAGGAACUAAAACCCCCUACUCAGGGAUAAGUGGGAACUGUGCCUGGUCCCCUUGGUAAGGACGGUUGCUUGACUAGGGGACCUUGUCCACUGGAGAAGAGGGGGAGGGGGAGUUGCAGGUAGACCCUGUGAGGCCCUCCUGGUUUUACCACAUGUCAAGGCAGCAGAUCAUAAUAAUUUUAGGGCCUUACACCACUCAACCUACAGAAGGCUGAUUGGGUUUCUUUUUUUCUUUGUUUCUAUGAUUCUGUAUAUUUGUUUUUUCACUCAUUAAUGCAACACGUGUGUGUCAGCAGUGGGGGAGAGAGGACCAGCACUAUGCUGGACCCUGUGGGGGAUACAAGAGCCAGGCUCCACUCUCACGGCAUCACAGUCAAGCAAGGAGGGUAGCAGAUGCAUUAGUCAGUGUUAGCAGAAAGAGCUAUGAGGCAAGAAGGCCAGCUGCAUCUCAGCCUUGGAGAGGGAGGUCCCAGAAUGCCUGAGUGACAUGAAGGAGCUGCUUGGAGAAAGUGCUUGAAGACAGCCAGCCCUGAGUAGGCAUGAGUGCUCUGGUUCUGUGUUUUCACCUGUGGGUGGGUUCUGCCAGCGACAUCAGAAGCAGGAAAUAAAGAAGAAGCCCUCCAUUAUUGAGAAUGUAAUCAGCUUGAUCUCUGAGACCUUAACAGGAUGAGGAAGAAUUCAGGCCUUUUAAGAUUGACAUUUUGGCUCAGAACCAGCCCAGGCUCAAGAUGGCCAGGAAAGGAAUAGGAGGCCAUUUAGAAGGUGUGCUUCUGGGAAGACACCCAGUUCCCACUGAAGAAUCAGAAAUGAAAGCCAGGAAUGGUGAUGUGCAUUCCAAAGCUCUCUGCCCACCCUCUGCAGGCCUUCCUAAUUGUCCUCCAAAGACACACUCCCAAAGAAUCAAGGGGGUUGGAAUAGAUGAGUAGGUCAUGCCGCAGGCCUCGGGAUUCUGAUUCUUUGGUCUGGGCUUGGGCUUGGGCUACACAUUUCAGGAGCUCCCAGGUCAUUCUGAUGGCAGAGUAGACUGAAAACCACUGAUGCAGUCCCACCUCUCAUGUUUAGAGUUUAGAGGCCUGUACAGGGGCAGGGCCUUAUUCAGGGUCAUCUGGGAAACCACCUAAUGCUUGACCCAGAUUCCAUCUGCUGCUCAGUGCAGCCCCAGAAUCUAGUUCAAGGUCUUUGAGCUUUUCUCCUGUGCUAGCUAUUUUUAAAAUUACAUUCCUGAUCUUCUGUAUUCUGACCCAGUAAACCAUGUUGUCAUAUUUUGUUCUCAAGUUGCAUGGGAAAGUAAUCUUUCUCAUGUAAUGACAUCUUUUAUUUAUUUUUGGUGACAGUUUAUGUUUUGAUGGUUAUAAAAGCAAGUAAUCACAAUAGAAUGUUAGAACAUUAUAAAAUAAAGGUCAUUUUAAAUUCUGCUUCUCAACGGUAGUCACUCUUAGCAUCUUGAUGACUAUCCUUCUGAACUUCACUACUUGCAUGUGUGUGUGUAUUAUGUGUGUGUGCAUUUAUCUUAAUUUCUCAUUUGGUUUUUUAAACAGAAAUUAGAAAUAUUUUUUAAUAAUUAAGAACUUACUUAAUCAGAAAUCUGUUUCUAUAUGGAAUUAUGUAAAUUAUUGUCUGUUUCCAUAUCUUCUGUACUGAUGAGAAUGGUUCAAGGCCCACUGUGUAUGAUUAUACAUUGUAUUAGGAUGUUUGACCACAUUCAAAACUAAAUCACAGGAGUUGUUGAAGUCAGAAGAAAGCAAUCGCUUGUUGGGGGUCCCUCCAGCUGAGUUCUGUGGGAGCCAUGUGGUCAGUGUCCAGAGAAACCAGCCCAGCCCAGCCCAGAGUGGUUCUGUCUGAAACCAAUUAACGUCUCAACUCUUUUCUCUGAAAUAUGCCAUUUGUGUCUGCCUCCUCCUGGUUCAGACUCUUGUUUGAACACAAGAACCCAAGCCACAGAUGCAGGCAGCAUCAGACAGGAGAAGGGUGUGGAGCAGAGAGCAUGGAGGGUGGUGGAGGCAGUCUGCCCCCAGAGUUGGGAGCUGAGGGUCUUAGUCCUGCCUCUGAUACUGACUUGGGGUGUGGUUUUGGGUAAACGCUCUCAGGGCCUUUGUUUUCUCAUUUGCAAAACUGGUGUACUUCCUGCUGGAUAUCCUAGAGAUAUUUUGAGAGUUUGGUGAUUGAACAUGAAAUCAGUGUGAAAGGGCAGUGAGAGGCACAGAUGGGUACACAAGGGAAUGAGAUCUUUCAUUCAUUUGUUCAUUCCUUCAUUUGCAGGUCGUUGGGUGCUGUGUAUGGUUGGUUGAUCCUCAUUUCUUGCUCCCAUUCCUUGGGUUUCCUUCAGAGCACUUACCACAGGUCAUAAUUACAUUUCCAUUUUUAUGAUUAUCUGCCACACUGAAAAGCUCUAAGUAUGUGCUGUUCAGCUAACAGAUGUACCACAACACUUAGACCAAGAGUCUGGAAAACAUAAGGCCCUCAGUACUAAUCUGUGGAGUAAGUGAAUGAAUACUUUCCCCUGCUCUGAAAGAUUGUGGCCAUGAAUCAACCAGACUCCACCUCAAGAGGAGUACACUUUGGGAUGGGAAUGUUGAUGUAUGUGCAUUUCAUUAUGUCAUUAGGCAUAUGUGGACUUCCCUCAGAGGGGUUCAAAAAAGAGCUUUGGUAAUUCUGGGUAAGAUGUUAGGCUCUGGCCAGGACACUGGAAUGGCCUCAGAGAUGAGAAGGCACCUCAGUUGGCCAUGAGGUUUGGCAAGAGUUUGGCCUGAGCAGCAAGUGGAACAUGCAGAGGGAGUAGUGUGAACAUAGGCACAGCCCAUGUGAGGGUCCACAGGAAGCUCCUUUUAAGACAUGCGGUGGAUGAUCAUGUACUAGGCAGAAAGAGGGCUCAAAAGGAUGCUUUCCCCCCCCAAAUUGUGAGAGACCUUGAAUGUCUGGCCACAAAAUCUGAACUCUCUCAGGUAAUGAGUUGACAGCUAUUGAGGAUAUUUGGGCAAGCAGGUCACUUGAAGACGUAAUAUAAGGUGUUAAAGAGCAGGUAUUACUUUUGGUGGACAGAAGGGUUAGGAGGUAGUUAAGGGCUAUGGUGAAGGUGGUGUCCAUGAACUGGAGAGGAGGGGAAAGACAUGGGGACAGGCAGAUUUGAUGUGGGGUUGAGUUGGUUGGGGAACGGGCAGUCAGAGUGCAGUUUGGGCUUCUGGCAGAACCAUUUAUUGAGGCAAGAGGCUUGGGGGAGGAGUUGGAAGGAACAAACGUGAAAGACUAAUUGAGUUAUACAGGGGCUACACAGAGCCUGAAAGCUCAGGGGAGGGGUCUGGACUAGAGAGAGGUUUGGAAAUUGUUAGUUUCUCUGAGAUGAGAAAAGUAAAGGGUGGGGAUGAGGUUCCCCAGAUGUCCCAAUUAUCUAUUGCUAUGCAACACACUGCAUCCACAUUUAGUGGCUUGUUUAAAGCUACAUUCAGUUUGGUCAUGAAUCUACAGUUCGAAUAGGGCUCUGUGAGAAUGGAUGUCUGCUGUGUGCAGCAUCUGCUGCGGUGGCUUGCCAAGCAUCAUACCCAAUCCAGGCUAGCUCACUCACAUGACAUGACAGUUGCUGCUGUCACCUGGAUCCUCAGCUGGAACACUCAUACGUGGCCUUUCUGUGUGACUACUUGGGCUUCCUCAUAGCAUGGUAUCUGGGUUUCAAGUAUGAGCAUCUCAAGAGAUGGGAAGCGGAGACUGUUUCUCAAGAACCAGACUGACACAGUGUCUCUUCCACUGUGUUUUACUGGUCCAGCAGUCACAGGUUGAAGGGAGGAGACAGAAACUCCAACCCCCAAUGGGAGAAUGUCCAAGAAGUUUAGAGCUCAUUAUGUCUGGCUCCAAGGAAGGGCUUAAAAAUAUCUAUUGAAUGAAUGAGCAAAUGAAUUGUUUGAGGACAGAUGUAGAGAGAGGAAUAUUUGGGGCAUGAGGAAAAUAGUUGUUGGAGAAGUUUGGCUGGAGCUUGGAGAGAGGUGGAUAGGCCUGGGGAGGUCAGUAGGAUCUAGAUUGUGAACUCCAGGCUAAGGGGAUGGGACCUGAGUGUGGGAUAGACUAUCCAACAGAGGGGAACCAGGAGGUUGCCCAAGAGGGCCCUGGUUUAGGAACAGGAGCAGAAGUUGAGGCUCAGAUCAGGAUCCUGGUCCAGGAGAAGUCCCACAGGGUCAGUAGGUGAGUGUGCUUCUGACCUUCAGCCUUGGGCUUCUUCUGGCUGUGACCUUGAUCCCUGUUCCAGCCAACCCUCAUGCCUGACAUUCCAUCCCUGCUACCUGUGGAAUGCCCAGUGCACACCCAACAAUAGACUUGCUGGCAGUCAAAGGUGAUAUCCAAGCCUACUCUCUGGAAGGGGACAGUAAGCUGGGUAUCAGGGCUGGUCUAACCUUUGUAAUGGAUGAGAGUGGAGCCUCUUCAGAAGCAUCUUUAAAAAAAAUUUUUUUUAUGUUUAUUUUAUGUUUGAGAGGCUGAGCAUAGGUGGGGGAGGGACAGAGAGAGAGGUAAACACUGAAUCCAAAGCAGGCUCCAGGCUCCGAGCUGUCAGCACAGCCCAAUGCAGGUCCCGAACUCAGACUGCGAAAUCAUGACCUGAGCCAAAGUCAGACACUUAACCGACUGAGACACCCAGGUGCCCCUAUGUUUAUUUCUGAAAGAGAGGCAGAGCAUGAGCAGGGAAGGGGAAGAGAGAGAGGAAGUCACAGAAUCAGAAGCAAGCUCCAGGCUCUGAGCUGUCAACACAGAGCCCAACACCGGGCCUGAAUUCACAGACCUGAACUCACAGACCUGAUCAUGACCUGAUCAGAUCAUGACCUGAGCCAAAGUCAGACACUGAACCGACUGAGCCACCCAGGUGCCCCUGGAAGUGUGUUUAUUAGUUUUCUGGGCCCUUGAGAGUAAAGAGGGCUGCAUUUCCUCUGUGAACAUAGCUUCUUCAUAUGGUCAAGAGCCCAAGAGCCCUUGGAUUCUGAAGUCAAGAUGAUCACAGGAUGUGGCUUCUUUCUUGGGUACCUGCAGCCCUCUCAACCAUGAGGCAUGAAACUCCUCAGGGGGGCUGUAAGAGUGGGUCCUUUAGGCUGAGAUUUCUCCAGGCCUUUGUCUGCCAAGAGUAGAAGCAACUGGGGAGUGUAUGCAGAGGCGGGCAGGAUUCUUUGUGGCCCUCACCAAGGUCAGGCCUCAUGUGGUUCUGUCUCCCAGGGUCUAGCCCAAGCCAGUGUAGGCUGGAAGGCUGGAUGCUAUCAAGGUCACUGUGAGAGACUUAGCUGAGGGACGUCCUGGAUGACAGAGCAGCUACUCUCUGAGGAGAACCUGAUCUGUAGCGGGUGGAGAGACAGCAGGAGUUCGCCAAGGCCCCACAUGAGGCUCUGAGUCACACUGGCCUUUGUUCCUUGCUUGCUCUGGCCCUUGGCUGAGGGGCAUUCGGGGAUCCUGCCAGCGGCUCAGGGCACUGGAAGCGUUCCCUAUGUGUACAUCUUUGGAAGCAUAUCCUGGUGCAGGAGGAAGACAGAGGACACAAGUGGACGUCUUGCUCCUGUGAACAUGGUUGGCAGCCUGAUCAUGGUGGUCACCCUGCUGAACCUGCAGUUUUGCUUCCAGGGCAAGAAGUUGCGAGGCUUCAGCUGUGAACUCACCCGGUCCCCCCAUGGGGUCUUCCCUGAGGCCGUCUUCUCUAUCAUGUGCCAGAUCAUGGUGCCCAUUCUGCUCUCAGGCUUGGGCAUGUUGACAGCCGGCCUGGUGAUGAACACUAUCCAACAUUGGCCUGUGUUUGUGGAGGUUAAAGACCUAUUGACGUUGGUGCCACCCCUGGUGGGCCUGAAGGGGAACCUGGAAAUGACGCUGGCGUCACGACUCUCCACUGCUGCCAACACUGGACAAAUUGAUGACACCCAAGAGCAGCACAGAGUUAUCAGCAGUAACCUCGCCCUCAUUCAGGUGCAGGCCACUGUUGUGGGGUUCCUGGCUGCUGUGGCUGCCCUGCUGCUGGGUGCUAUGUCUAGGGAGGAGUUGGACUUUGUGAAGGUGGAGUUGCUGUGUGCCAGCAGUGUCAUCACCGCCUUUCUCGCUGCAUUUGCCUUAGGAAUGCUGAUGGUCUGCAUAGUAAUUGGUGCUCGGAAGCUUGGGGUCAAUCCAGACAACAUUGCCACGCCCAUUGCUGCCAGCCUGGGAGACCUCAUCACGUUGUCCAUCCUGGCCUUUGUUAGCAGCUUCUUCUAUAAACACAAAGAUAAUCGAUACCUGAUGCUGCUGGUCUGUAUCAGCUUCACGGCCCUGAUCCCCUUGUGGGUCCUCAUUGUCAAGCAGAACCCGCCCAUCAUGAGGAUCCUGAAGUUCGGGUGGUUCCCAAUCAUUCUAGCGAUGGUCAUCAGCAGUUUUGGAGGGCUCAUCUUGAACAAAACCAUUUCUAAACAGCAAUUCCAAGGCAUGGCCAUAUUUACUCCCAUCAUAUGUGGUGUUGGUGGCAAUCUGGUGGCAAUUCAGACCAGCCGGAUCUCCACCUACCUGCACAUGUGGAGCACACCUGGUGUCCUACCCCUCUGGAUGAAACAAUACUGGCCUAAUCCAUGCUCCACUUUCUGCACCUCAGAAAUUAAUUCCGUAUCAGCUCGAGUCCUGCUCUCCCUGGUGGUUCCAGGCCAUCUGAUUUUCUUCUAUAUCAUUUACUUGGUGGAAGGCCAUUUGGUCCCACAAAGUAAGAUGUUUGUGGUGUUCUAUCUGCUAGCAAGUUUGAUGCAGGUGACAAUUCUGCUGUACCUGGCAGAAGUAAUGGUUCGGCUCACGUGGCACCAGGCUCUGGAUCCAGACAGCCACUGCAUCCCCUACCUCACAGGGCUGGGGGACCUGCUAGGGACUGGCCUCCUGACACUCUGCUUCCUUAUCAACUGGUUAUUGAGGAGUGAAGCAGGGCUGGAUGGCAUCUCAGACCCAGCAUCCGGGCCUCCCUAAUGAGCCCAGGCAGCCAUAUUUGCUCAGUAGAAUUUUCCUUCCCACCAGCAAGGUACAGAAUACAGUUUCUCCCUGACUAGGUCCUCAGGAAGGAUGGUUAACACCCUGAUUCUGCAGUGACCCUUUGUCAGUCUUCCAGGGACACUCACACAUCUUGACUCUGGAGUUGGAAGCUGAGUCUGUAAAGGUGAAGGAGACCUGAAAUCAGAGGCAGUGUUUGUGUACAUGUGACUGCAUGCUCCUGGGCUUGAGUGUGUACUCAUGUGCUGGGUGAGUGCAAAUAAGUGCAUGUGUGUGUGUGGAGAGCAGGGGACUCUGGCCUAAAGACGCUGAAGGAAGAGGCAUGUCCAGUGCACUGGGGGGAUGUGUGGGCAGUGUUCUGUGUCCACACAGCCUGUACUUGGAAGGAGCAGGAAGGAAACACUUUCUGUGCCUAUACCUCAGGACUGUGCUGUGGCUUACCCACAGGCUGACGAGAUCCAAGCUUCAUGGGCUAUUUUGCUGAUGUGCCUGCAAAUGUGCAACCCUUCCCAGGACAGCCCUUCCUUGCAUACCCUUGUCAUCUGCUCUUGGUAUUUAAUCCUGUCGCUAUUUUUCUUUUUCUUUUUUUAUGUUGAAUCCAAACUUCUGUUUAGAUUUUAGUGAUCACAAAAGUAUAAAAUAAAACAUAGAUUAUAUUGUA